UUAAAAACUAGCUAAUGGGUGGCAACAUUUGAAGUAUCUGUAGCAACGGAGGAGCAGCUAUAAGUCUUUGUCAAGCUGAAAAAGGCGAUAUUUUAUUAACCACUGACCAUGAGACUAAGUUGCAGACAAAUAUAAAGGAUGAUAAGGAGUUUUAGAGUAUCUCAACUAUCUCAAUACGACCAAUGGGGAGAAAUAAUUAUUCCUGCCGAUAGUACGUUUGCCAGAAACACAAGUUCUUCAUCUCUCAGACAUUCAAGACCUCAAACGUCAAAUCUCGGCCCAGAUCCCACAGUCAAUGAGGCAAUACCGUUUGAGAAAGACGAGGGCAGCUAUAUGUCUGAAUAUGCUAUCUAAUUAAAACACUAA